GCGAGAUUUUGAAAAACGGAAAAGGUCAAGAGUGUCUAUGUUCUACCAAGAAAUGAUCUCCUCAAGUGAAAGGGAUAAAGAGUUUUUAUGUGUAGUAUCAUGUAAUCCAAAUAUACCAGUUCAAACAGUCGUCGACACUCUAGAGAUUAACUAUAUUCUUUUCAAUUUAUAAUCCUUAUUCUUAUGGAAUAAAUAACUAAGAGAGGAGGGCUGUGAAGUUUUCUUUUAACUUCAUGCUUUUAAUUAUUUAUUGAUGCUUUAAUGUCAAUAUCCUCCUAGACACAGUUAUCGAGAAGUCUCUCCCGACCAUGUUUUCUGGCGCCGGCGGAGGUAAAAAUCGCCGGCGUCGGGACGUUGCUACUCUGCCAUGUUUCCUCUAUUCUCUUGUUACACUCUUUUUGUUUUCAAUUCCUUUUUUCCUCUUGCAAUCAUAUUUUAAACCCUUGCGAACCAUAUCUCUCACGACUUCCAACGGCGAAUCAAACUCCAGCAACGGAAGCCAACGAUGGGGUUCAGCGUUUGCUAUCCCGUCUCACCCUCUGUUCGCACAAUUUCUGCCAAAACCGCCAAUUUCCAGCGAUGCAAGCCAAACGACAGAAUCCUCACUCAUCGCUCAACUUUUCACUUCCCGAUCUGGAUCUAUUUUGAUCCUCCCAGAAGAACCCUCACACUGGACUUCGUUGAUGGCAGGAGAUCUCUCUCUUGGACCAUUAGAUGCGCCAUGUCCGGUGGAGACGUUGACGGCGCACGACGAUGGUACUUUCUGGAUGGAGAUCCCAUGUUUCUUUGAUCGUGUCUCAUUGAUAAAGGCUCCAGCGACUAUUUUUGUCUCCGAUCUCGCAUAUCCGGUGAAAUCAUGUCGGAAUAGUGGUCAGCCACUCAACUCGAAGAAGCGGCAGUCAUCAGGAGACAAAACCCUAGCUGCUGGUGUGGAUCUAUAUUUGAUGUCACGUUAUGAUUUUGAGACUGGCCAUGGACUCCUUUCUCUCAUCACGUUGACAACAAUAGAUAGUCUAGACAAGGAGCUCUUAUUAACCCUGGUGGUAGAUCUUAGUGUCCUUGAGAGUAGCUCAUACAAUUCCUAUAUGUCUAAGAAUCUUAUGAUAGAAUCAUCCUCUUUGAUAGAGAGAACUUUUGAAUCAUCCUCUUUUAUAGAGAGAACUUUUGAUUGGUCUCUGACCUUAAGUUUGCAAAACCAUUUGGAUACCUUAACCACCUUUGUAGAAGCCUCGUGUUUCGAGCCGGUGAUAUCCAAGGUUAAAGACUUUUUCUCAACGUCACUAUGUCUUGUUUGGACCGUGACCAUUCAACAAUCUCCCGAAGUAUUCGUGGAAUUGUCUUCGACUCACCAUUCUCUCGCUUGUGGCAAGUUACUAUCUUGUUCUUGUCUCCGAUGUAUGGAUCUACGGUCGAUUUAUCCUAUCCUUUUCCUUUUCCAUUCUCUUGUGAGAGAGCUAGUAUUGUUAUUUGAUGUUUCCAACAAUGAGGUUGAUGUUUGUGUAAACUUUGUACUACCUAUGGGUUGAGUUUGAAUGAAAGUAUGCUUUGCAC